GGAAGGCUCGGGGCUCCAGUCAGUGAGGCGCCAAGCAGUUCUCGCCCCCCACCCUCCGUCCUCCGAUAAGCGGUAGCUUCUAGCAAUGGGUAAGGGGCAGCCUGGGGCGGUUGGUGGGGGGCAGCUCCGAGAGGCUGCCUGGGUAGGAGAAUGCCCGACUCCGGGGCGUGUCUGGGCCGCGGGGCGGAGUCCUUAUAAAGACCACGCCGAGGCCACGGCCGCAGCAGUGCGAGCGCAUUUGGUGCAACCUUUCGAAAUGGCUUCGAACAAAACCGUGAAGACCUCCGAUGAGAUUCUUUGCGAGGGCGAGCUGGAGAAGCGAAGCGACAGCCUGUUCCAGGUCUGGAAGAAGAAGCGCUGCGUGCUCACCGCCGACCGCCUGCGUCUCUUCUCCGGGAACAGCGGGCGCGCCAAGGAGCUGUGCUUCAACACCAUCCUCAAGGUGGACUGCGUGGAGCACACCUCCAAGUACGUGUACUUCACCAUCGUCACCAACUUUUACAAGGAGAUCGACUUCCGCUGCACAGGCCGGAGCUGCUGGAAUGCGGCCAUCACCAUGGCGCUGAUCGACUUCCAGAACCGUCGGGCGCUGGAAGACUUUCGCCGCUACCGAUAUCCGCGAUCUGAGUCUGAAACGCAGUCCGAGGCGGAGAGCGGAGAGCUCUGGGUCCGUGAAACGCACAGGACCAGUUGAGCCGGGAACCAGCCCACGCUGCCGCAUCAGACAGGAGCCCAGGAGCCCAGGGUAUGGAUGCCCCGGGUGACGCCGCCGCUGCUCUUCACCGAAGAUAUUCCCGUGCUUGCUGAGCCUUGCCCCGCUGUGCGGGUGCGCUAACUUAUUGGACCGUAUUUAUAUUGGUUACCUGCUUCCAACCCACCAUUCCGUGUUAAUAUUUUUUAUACCAUAUUUUCAUUCCGAAUAAACAAUGCCAUUUCUCUUUUUUUAAA